CAGAGAGAGAGAGAGAGAGAGAGAGAGAGAGAGAGAGAGAGAUUUAUUCAUUUAUUAUGUAUUCAUUUGUAUUAUUUAUUUAUUUUUAUUUUUUUACCAAAGGAACGAAAUACAGAAAGAGCAUAUGAAAGAAAGAAAGAAAGAAAGAAAGAAACAGAAAGAAGGCAAGAAAGAGAGAUGGAUGAGAAGGAAGGGUGGAAGGAAGGCAGAAAGAAUUGAAUGAAUAAGAGAAGAAAGAAAGACAGACCGGAGGGAAGGAAGGAGGGAGCGAAAGAAAGAAAAACGGGAAGGAAGGAAGACAGGAAAGAAAGAGACAGAAAGAAGGGAAGAAAGAAAGACAGAACAGAAGGAAGGAAGGAAGACAGGAAAGAAGGGAAGAAAGAAAGUGAGAAAGAAAGAAAGAACUGAAUGAAUAAGAGGAUAAAGGAAAGACAGAACUGAAGGAAGGAAAGAAUAAGGGUAGAAAGAACAAAAAGAAAAAUUGAAAAGAAAGAUUGAAAGAAAGAUGUGAGAAUAGAAAAUAAGAAAGAAUUGACAAAUAAAUAAAUAAAUGCAUAAAUAAAUAAAUAUGUACUUGUUUUAUUAUUUAUAUAAUAUGCCGAUAGAUAGAUAGAUAGAUAGAUAGAUAGAUAUUUUUAUCUCUGAACGCUUCCGUGUUUAUUUUUGCGACUGUGAUGACAGUUGAAGACACGCCCACUCUGUUUGACGUCAUCCAACAUGGCGACCUACUUGAGUCGGCUGCACCACAUCUCCCUGCACGUUUCUAACGUGGAUAAACUCGCUCUGGACCUGGUGUCGAAGUUCCAGUUCCGCGUGUUCGCCGCCAGACUGACGGCCGGAGCCCGGCAGCUCGCCUUCCGGAAAGGAGCCGCGGUGUUCGUGGUCAAUGAGAGACCGAGCUGCGGCGGAGAGGCGCUGCUCCCGGGGCACCGGAACCGGCGGGUCGCUCGUUCACACGGGGACGAUGUGGGUCCGGGAUGCGUCGGUGGCAUCCUGUACGACGUGCGGCCGCAUUACUCUGUGGACAGCGCGUGCAACGUGUGCUUCGAGGUCGAGGACGUUGAGAGGUCGUCGGAGUCGCUGCGCGCGCGUGGCUGCGACCUGCUCGUGCCGCCGACGCGCGUCCGUGACGACUGCGGCCUCGUGACUUACUCGGUCGUGAAAUCCGUCGUGGGCAAUGUCUGCCAUACGCUCGUAGACACGAGUCGGUACCGAGGACCCUUUCUGCCCGGAUUUUGUGAUGUCGGGACCGGAGCGGAGGAGGACCCGCGCUGUCCCGUGACGCAUUUUGAUCACGUCACGUACGCGUGCCCGAGACGCAGCACGGCCGAGGUGAUGCGCUGGUACGAGAGGAACUUCGGGUUCCAGAGGUUUUUCAUCUGCAGAAACGAGGACGUAGAUGAAGGCUACAUGUUGGAUCGGGACGGAAUCGGUCUGCGUCUGACCGCCAUGGAGUACUGGAAAUGCAGCGAGACGGGAAUCGAGCUCCCAUUUAAAGACGGAAAGGAUCCAGACUGCAAGUUCGUCAUUGCCGAAUCUCUGCCUGAGCAGGGCAGGAAUCAGGUGGACACGUUUCUGGAGCAGCACAGAGGUCCGGGAAUCCAGCACAUCGGCCUGUUCACGCAGGACAUCCUGUCCACGGCGGACGCCAUGGCCAACGCCGGUGUUCAGUUCUUCUCUCCUCCUGCAGCCUACUACACCGAGGUGGGAAGGCAGCAGGAGAUCGAGGAGGCGGGGCUUGAUCCGAACGCGCUGAUGCAGCACGGCAUCCUGUUAGACACAGACCUGCGGGUGAACGGCGAGGAUCCGACCUCAUGCAGUAAGAGGUACCUGCUGCAGGUGUUCACCAAGCCCAUCUUCUCCGAGGACACGUUCUUCCUGGAGCUGAUCGAGCGCCGUGGAGCCACCGGGUUCGGAGAGGGGAACAUCCGAGCUUUAUGGAGAUCCGUACAGUCUUACAUGGAGAAGGACAGUCAGGAGCACUCGAAUAUUAAAAGCAAGCAGACAGGACAGCACUGACGUCUGACCCAGUGAACACACCAUCAGAUUAAUUAAAUAUGUUAAUUUAUGCGGAAUUUACGCACUCUGUAUUUAACACUCCUGUAAAUAUGAGCCGUGUGGUUUUGUUUAAAACGCUUUGUUUUUGUAAGACUAAUGUAUGUUUCAUUUUUUAGAAGUAAAAGUGAAAAGCUGCCCCGAGGAUAACGGACGAUUACUGAACUCCUGUAGGGGGGAAGAACAAUGGGUCUACGUGUUAUCACUGUAUAUGAUCUAAUCGAUAAAAUCAGUGUACGAAA